ACUGUUGCAUGGUAAUCAGCUGGCGUACAUAAUAAAAACAAACACAGACGAAUUUCAAUAGUGCUAAAAGUAAUUUUCAAUUUUUGUAAUAAGACUUUUUUCAAUCAACAGAACCCACAAUGUUAAAAUCAGUUGCCAGAUUGCCCCUGAUGACUUUACGUUGUUUAAGCUCUAAUUCAACGGUUCCUCCUACUCCUCCGUCUGGUACUACUACUUCAAAAGCUCCUCUGCGUCCGCGUCCCAAUGCCUUGACCGAUGAAAUCAUACGAGUCGAUCAUGCCGGCGAAUUGGGUGCCGAUCGCAUCUAUGCCGGACAAAUGGCUAUACUGGGCAAUGGUCCUAUGGGCAAGACCAUUGAACAUAUGUGGGAGCAAGAGAAGUGCCAUCGCAAGCAAUUUGAGCAAUUGAUUCAACAGCAUCGUGUCCGUCCCACCAUUAUGACACCGAUUUGGAAUGUAGCUGGCUUUAUGCUUGGCGCCGGUUCCGCCCUAAUGGGUGAAAAGGCGGCCAUGGCCUGCACCGUUGCUGUGGAAACUGUAAUUGUCGAGCACUACAAUGAUCAAUUGCGUCAGAUUAUGGAAUCCCCAAAUCCCGAUAAGGAAUUGCUGGAGACUAUUACGAAAUUUCGGGACGAGGAACAAGAACAUCAUGACACGGGAAUCAAUUGCGGUGCGGAACAGGCACCCUUCUACCAGGCCAUGACUGAGGUUAUUAAAUUUGGCUGCAAAACGGCCAUAGCCAUAUCGAAAAAGAUUUAAAUCCUAAAGUUUCUUAUCCUUUCUGCUUUCUAUGUUUCAUUUUCCUUUCUUUUUUGUGUAUAUACGUAUGUUUGUUACUG